UUGGUAUUUAUUUAUAUAUAAUUUUUUUGUUUGUGUGAUUGCUGUUUGGCUUCGAAUUUUAUAUCCAGAUAAAUAUUUUUUUAAUCUCCUUGGUUGAUCGGUGAACACAAAAAAAAAAAUCUAAAAUAAUCGCAAAAUACAUUUUGAAGAAGCUACACGAUCAACGACAACAACACAAGGAUUUCGAUUGCUGAAAAAGUUGACUCUUCUUAAUUGGAUUCGUUGUCUUGGUUUCUGGGUUUUCUUCUUCUUCUUCUGCGGCGCUCUUCAAUUUUACCUUGCGACCAGCGAGAAAAGAAAAAAAAUCAUCCAUUGAAGAAGGACCUUAGGUUAAGCCCCAUGGUGUGGUAUGUGCAAAUUGGACAAAACCUAGAUGGGUGUUUCUCUUCUGAAACAACAACAUCGUAUUACUAAUCAAGCUGAUACUUUUUCUAGAUUCAUGGAAAGAUCACCAGAGAAUAAUCUUAGCCGAAAUGAGCACAUCAUCAUUGACAUUCCAAGAAAUGCCGCCAUUGCAUCAUCAUCUUCAUCUCAUGAUAGAAUCUCCAAUGUUUUGGAACCUUUACAACAUGAGGACGAUAGACCUUCAACUGUUCCUCCCAUGUCUGCUCCUCAGCCAGCUACAGCUACAGCUUCUUCUUCUUCUUCUAUGCGAUCAAAUCCUAGAAGUGUCCGUCGUAGAAGAAGUCCUUUAAAUUCUGGCUUAUGGAUUUCUAUUGAACUAUUCCUCACCGUUGGUCAGAUCAUUGCAGCUAUUGUCGUUUUGUCUUUGUCAAAACAUGAGCAUCCUCGUGCACCCUUGUUCACCUGGAUUGUGGGUUAUGCUUGUGGAUGCGUUGCCACACUCCCACUUUUGUACUGGAGAUAUUAUCAUUCGAAUCAGGCUUCUGAACAGGAUUCUGGCCAGCAUCGUCCUAAUCUUAAUGUUGCAGCUGGACCUUUCGCCUUCUCGAUUUCCAGGACAUCUGAAGGAGAUGGUCGACAGACUAAUACCACCUCUUCUCGUGUUAGUAGAUAUCCUGGGUUCAUAAGUGCUGCCAGACUUAAAGUUAUCGUGGAAUACUUCAAAAUGGCUCUGGAUUGCUUCUUUGCGGUGUGGUUUGUGGUAGGUAAUGUAUGGAUAUUUGGAGGGCAUUCAUCUGCUGCCGAGGCUCCUAACUUGUACAGAUUAUGUUUAGUGUUUCUUACCUUUAGCUGUAUUGGCUACGCGAUGCCCUUCAUCCUCUGUACAACAAUAUGUUGUUGCUUGCCGUGCAUAAUCUCAAUUCUCGGAUAUAGAGAAGAUUUAACUCAACCUCGAGGUGCCACACCUGAGUCGAUUAAUGCAUUGCCAACUCAUAAGUUUAAGUUGAAGAAAAGCAGAAGUAGUGGCGAUGACAAUGGUUCAAGUACUAGCGAAGGUGGAGUCGUGGCGGCUGGAACAGAUAACGAACGUGCUAUUUCAGGAGAGGAUGCAGUCUGUUGCAUUUGCUUAGCGAAAUAUGCAAAUAAUGAGGAGUUGAGAGAGCUUCCAUGCUCACAUUUCUUCCACAAAGAGUGCGUUGACAAAUGGCUGAAGAUCAAUGCCUCUUGCCCUCUUUGCAAGAGCGAAGUUGGGGAGAAGAACUCUGAUUUGACAAGCCAAGGGAUCUUGAGCUCGCUCUCUUCUGGGGAAAACGAUAACCAUCAACAACAACAACGGAGUGAACUUAGAGUUGAUAAUGGUUUGGCCAAUAAUGUUAUCUAGAUCUCCGAGAUUUGCUGUGUUCGAGAAAACGGCACAAGAAAGCUGUUUUGCGAUGUUCCUACACAAAAUGGGGUUUGCUUCUCAUUGCUAAGAAGGUGAAGAAAGACACAGCGAAGAUCCUGUUCUGUAAAUGCUUUUUGCCGUUGUGAAUUGGAACCUCUGAGUGUAGAAGAGUUCGAUAAUCGGUGAUUGAGUUUGAGCGUGUUCCAAAUACUUGUUUUUAUAUAUUCUCUGAAUUUGUCACGAGUACCACCUCUAUACUAGAGCCUGGAAUCUUUCGAGAGACCCUGGAAAGCUUGUGCAGCUAAAUUGCCUCA